GCGGACCGGGGGAAUGGUGUGUAGCGCGGGCCGGAAGCUUCGGCAAAUGGAAUAGGAACAUCAUGUCUGUGAAAAGGAAAGCAGAGAGCGCUAUCCCGGCGGAGGAGAGUGACCAGCUGCUCAUUCGACCCUUAGGUGCUGGACAGGAGGUGGGAAGAUCAUGUAUCAUUCUGGAAUUCAAAGGAAGAAAAAUUAUGCUGGACUGUGGGAUCCACCCUGGAUUAGAGGGAAUGGAUGCCCUCCCAUACAUUGACUUGAUUGACCCUGCAGAGAUUGAUUUACUUCUUAUAAGUCAUUUCCAUCUGGAUCAUUGUGGUGCCCUUCCAUGGUUUCUACAGAAGACAAGCUUUAAGGGGCGGACAUUUAUGACUCAUGCUACUAAGGCUAUCUACAGAUGGCUGCUCUCUGAUUAUGUCAAAGUCAGUAAUAUCUCAGCAGAUGAUAUGCUGUACACAGAGACCGAUCUCGAGGAAAGCAUGGACAAAAUUGAAACCAUCAACUUUCAUGAAGUGAAAGAGGUGGCAGGAAUCAAGUUCUGGUGCUACCAUGCAGGACAUGUCCUGGGGGCUGCCAUGUUCAUGAUAGAAAUAGCUGGAGUUAAGCUCCUUUAUACAGGCGAUUUUUCCAGGCAAGAGGACAGACAUUUGAUGGCUGCAGAAAUACCAAACAUCAAACCGGAUAUCCUUAUCAUUGAAUCCACGUACGGGACUCACAUCCAUGAGAAGAGAGAAGAGCGAGAGGCGCGUUUCUGUAACACUGUGCAUGAUAUUGUUAAUAGGGGAGGAAGAGCCCUCAUUCCUGUAUUUGCUCUGGGCCGAGCACAGGAGCUCCUCUUGAUUUUAGAUGAGUACUGGCAAAACCAUCCGGAGCUUCAUGACAUUCCAAUAUAUUAUGCAUCGUCCCUGGCUAAAAAGUGCAUGGCCGUGUACCAGACCUAUGUCAAUGCCAUGAAUGACAAGAUCCGCAAGCAGAUCAACAUAAACAAUCCAUUUGUUUUUAAACAUAUCAGCAACUUGAAGAGUAUGGACCACUUUGAUGACAUUGGCCCCAGUGUGGUCAUGGCCUCCCCUGGAAUGAUGCAGAGUGGACUAUCCAGAGAGCUGUUUGAGAGUUGGUGCACAGACAAAAGAAAUGGUGUGAUUAUAGCCGGCUACUGUGUGGAAGGGACACUUGCCAAACAUAUCAUGUCUGAGCCGGAGGAGAUUGUCACCAUGUCUGGGCAGAAGCUGCCCCUUAAGAUGUCUGUGGAUUACAUUUCAUUCUCAGCCCAUACAGAUUACCAGCAAACCAGCGAAUUUGUCCGGGCCCUCAAACCUCCUCAUGUGAUACUGGUGCAUGGGGAGCAGAAUGAAAUGGCGAGGCUAAAAGCUGCUCUCAUACGAGAAUACGAGGACAACGAUGAAGUAGACAUCGAGGUUCACAACCCCAGGAACACAGAGGCGGUGACACUGAACUUCAGAGGAGAAAAAUUGGCCAAGGUGAUGGGUCUUCUUGCAGACAAGAAACCAGAGGAAGGGCUGAGGAUUUCAGGCAUCUUGGUGAAGAGGAACUUUAACUAUCACAUACUUUGUCCAAAUGAUCUGUCUAGUUAUACCGAUUUGGCCAUGAGCACCGUCACGCAGAAACAGGCCAUUCCAUACACUGGCCCUUUUAAUCUUUUGUUUUGCCAGUUGCAGCAGCUUACAGGAGACGUAGAAGAGAUUGAAGUAAAUGAGAAGGAUGCACUGAGGGUAUUCAAGGCUGUCACUGUUGUGAGGGAUGGUGAUAUGGUGUACCUGGAGUGGGUAGCAAAUCCAGCCAAUGACAUGUAUGCCGACACCGUAAUAACAGUCAUCUUGGAACUUCAGUCCAAUCCAAAAGCAAAUAAAGCUGUAGCCAAUAAAGCUUGUAAGGAAGUGGACAUGGAAGCUUACAGGAAGAGACUGGAGAUGAUGCUGCAGGAUAAUUUUGGAGAAGAUUGUGUGAACUGCGAGGAUGCAGCCAGUAUCACCGUCACUGUGGAUGGGAAAAGCGCCAUCUUGUCCAUGGAAACACGGACUGUAGAAUAUGAGGAAGGGAUCGAUGAGGAUGAGACCCUGCGGGAAAUGGUGCAGCAAGCAGCACAGAGACUUUAUCAUGCCCUUUGUCCAGCCAGCCUAUAAAUCAUCCUGAAAUUCUUUGUAGUUCUUCUUUUUAUCCGUUGUUUUUCAAAUCAAUCAGAUUGUAAAAUAAUUCAAGUUGUACUUAAUGUAUCGUAGUAUGUAAUGUAUUAUAUAUGGAUAAUAAGAUCAGAGUUGCCCGUUA